AUGCAGACAAGGACAGUAGAAGUGAAGAAUGUAUCAGAUCUAGCAAGUGAGAGAGAGGUUUACGAGUUCUUCUCCUUCUCUGGCGAAAUCGAACACAUUCACAUCCAACGUGAAAAUGGGCAAUCAAAGACUGCAUUUGUCACAUUCAAAGAUCCUAAAGCGCUCGAAAUUGCAUUAUUGUUGUCGGGAGCAACUAUAGUAGACCGACUAGUGAGUAUAACCCCUGCUGAAAAUUAUAUACCAGAUUGCGAGCUACAGAAAGUUAGGAACGUGGACAUUGCUAUAUCUGUAGCUCCUUCAGAAAACUUCCCGUCAAAUGUUGAGGGGAAAACUAGCCCUUCUGGCAAUGGAAAAGUCUAUACGAGUAGAGCGCAAGAAGUUGUCACAAGUAUGCUAGCAAAAGGUUCAUCAAUUGGCCAAGAUGCAAUGAAUAAGGCCAAGGCAUUCGAUGAGAAACAUCGUUUGAGUGCCAGUGCAUCUGAGAAGGUGAUUUCCUUUGAUCGGAGAGUUGGGCUAACGGAGAAACUGACGGUUGGAAUUUCAGUAGUUAAUGAGAAAGUGAAGUCUGUUGACCAAAGGCUUCAUGUCUCGGAUAAAACAAUGGCAGCAAUAUUUGCAGCAGAAAGGAAGAUAAAUGACACAGGAUCAGCUGUAAAAUCAAGCAGGUAUGUGAGUGCUGGAACAGCAUGGCUAAAUGGUGCCUUUAGUAAGGUGGCAAAGGCUGGGCAGGUUGCUGGUACAAAAACAAGAGAAAAGUUCAAUUUGGCUGUUUCGAAUUUAACUACAAAGGGUGACAGAAAAUUAUCAAAUGGCUUUAUUGUUAGUGGUGGUCUUGGCAUUGUUGAGGAUAAGUUGAGCGUCAAAUUGACGUAUUGGAGGAGACGAGAGGAAGUGGCAGGCUAA